UAUCGCGAGACUUCAUCAGCUGUUUAGUCUGUUUUUUUUUAGACUGGUGCUGCUCGUCGGUCUACACGUGGGGAGGAGAGGCUGACUUUCCACAGGGACACGUUUAAAAAACUCUUACCAUCAAUAUUGAUCUCAUCGUGGCGGCACCGAGGACCUUAAAAUACUGUGUAGCUGUUAGUGUCCUGAGGAAAUGCCGCUGAGGUUUCGCUCUGUUGUGCCCUACACACUGCCCGGAGUCCUUGCACUGAUCGGCUGGUGGUGGUACAUCUCACGGAAGAAAGAGCGGCUCAUCCGCCAUGACAGCCUAGAGGGGACUCCAACUGCUAUGGGCCUUAAAGCAUCUACCACAGAAGGUAGCAACGGUGUGGUUGACAAAGGCACUGUAUCCCCCACAAAUGGUACAGAAAGCCCAACCCACAGACAUGCAAAGGACGGUAACCUGAGAACAGAACAUGAAAAUAUUUCCCAGGUCCAUGUCCAGCACACUGAAGCAGCGCCUUUACAAGAACAAAGUUCAGAGGAAGCUGCCCCUCACCUUGGCAGAAUAGGACAAGAGGAAGUCCAUAAACCCUCGGUCUCCCCUCUACCUUCACCUGGAGAGGAAGAAACCCUGCAGGUGUCGUCGGAAGACCAUAAAUACCAGGAGGAAAGCUCAGCACCUGCCUCCCUAGAAGAACCGGAGAUACGCCUAGUCAAAGACCCAGCCUCCACUCCAGAAGACAUUGUUGAAGAUGUCAUCAUGCCGUGCCAGUCUACCAAAGUCACCAGCUCCCCCCCCACAACAACAUACCUUUCCGAUGCCGAGAGGCCGGAGCCCGAGGGGGAAGUCGCGAAACAAUACAGCGCUGUUAAUUCACAAGACGAGAUCUUGGUUUGUGCCGUCACCCCAGCCAGAGUGCAGAUGGUGAGGCCAUCAGAGGGCAGCUCACUAGAGACACCCCCUUCAGAACAGGAUUUCAAACAACACAUUCUAACCAGCACGCCUGCCUCCCUGGGCCCAGAGUUCACUUCCGUAUCUGAGGACGUCAAGGUGCACAGCGGCUGUGGAGAGCAGCAGGAUCUGGAGCUCCUAGCAGCUGGCCUCAUAACUGAGGUCAUCUCGGCAGCCACCCAGGAGGUCCUCGGUGUCACCAGCUGCCAGGGCACAGACAGCAGCACAGCCCUGGACAGCGGCAGACUAUUCUCCAAAGAGGAACCAAUCAUAGCACCAGCACAGCACCUUCUGACAAGCCCCCCUCAGGCGGGCUGUAGAGAGGAAGAGCAAGGGAUUCCCAACGGAUGCUCCUCGGCUCCGGUAUGGGAGCCCGUGGAGGUCAUUCACGAGAUUCAUCAGACAAACCACGCACAGAGAAGCCACUGGGUAACGCCGUCGCACCAAGCGGCGCUCAGUUCGCCCUCGCUAAGCGCGAAACUGAAAGGCGAGGAAUCUGCGGCGCUGACGGAAGACUCGGCCUGCAGCAUGUGCCACUCUGAGGACGGCAUCAGCAACGAGGACCUCCAGAACAGCAUGUUCGACGCCAUCCAGGUUACAGACUUGUCAGCAAGAGAAGCCACGCCGCCUCAAAUGCUGGACGAGGCGGCCGCGGAGGCGUCAGUGUUGGCCAUUACUGAGGAAAAUUCAGAGGAUGCUGUGUGUGACAUUAAGAGGCUCAAUGGGAUGGGUCUGAGGAACGGAGCCCACGGGACGUGUGAGGCAGAGACGGAUCAGUCCGGAGGCUCUGAUGUGAACAGUAUGGACUCUGUGGACAGCGGCUGCACGAUGGGGGCUGGGGAGAUCCAGAGUAACCACGGCGCCGCCUCCACCUCCGACCUCGUCGUCUGGGAGAUCGAGGUGCCAAAGCAUCUUGUAGGGCGGUUAAUAGGGAAGCAGGGACGAUACGUGAGUUUCCUGAAGCAGAACUCGGGUGCAAAGAUCUACAUCUCCACCCUGCCUUACACUCAGGAGUUCCAGAUCUGCCACAUAGAGGGUACGCAGCAGCAGGUGGACAAAGCCCUGUCUCUGAUCGGGAAGAAGUUUAAAGAUCUGGACCUGACCAACCUAUACGCACCCCCCCCACCACCACUCACGUUGCCAUCACUUCCCAUGACCUCUUGGCUCCUGCUCCCCAGCGGGGUGACGGUGGAAGUGAUCGUGGUGAACAUCAUGUCUGCAGGUCACGUGUUCGUGCAGCAGCACACCCACCCCACCUACCACGCGCUGCGGAGCCUCGACCAGCAGAUGUUCCUCUGCUACUCCCAGCCGGGCACCCCCGCCCUGCCCUCACCCGCUGAAGUUGGUGUGAUCUGUGCAGCUCCGGCAGUGGAGGGAGCCUGGUGGAGAGCUCAGGUCAUUACCUUCGACAAAGAAACCAAUGAAGUGGAGAUCAGAUACGUCGACUACGGAGGCUACGACAGAGUUAAGAUCGACACACUACGGCAGAUAAGAUCUGAUUUUGUAACACUACCGUUUCAAGGUGCCGAAGUAUUGCUCGACAGCAUCGGCCCACUUCCAGGAGAGGAUCGGUUUUCCACAGAGGCCACAGCAGCGUUGGAGGAGAUGACCCGAGGAGUUGCUCUGCUCGCACAGGUCUCAAACUACGACAACAACACAGGACUGCCUCUGGUCCACCUGUGGAACAUGGUCGGAGACGAGGUGAUUUCAGUGAACCGCACGCUGGCAGAGAGGGGUCUGGGAGUUUGGGUGGAGGGAUUUUGAACUCCUAAAAUGCUCUGAUCUCCGCCCCCCACCACCACCCUCCGUACUCUUUUGUGAUCAGCAGUGACACACACACACCACUGGAUUGAAGAUUGUUUUUCCUUUUCAUUUUUUUCUUUCGUUUUUGUUCUCUUUUUCUUUUCCCUUUCCUUUUUGAAAAGAAAUUAAAAAAAUUGCGGGCAUAAUCCACGAGAACAGCACUGCUUCAAAAAAAUCCUCCCCCCCCCACUGGUUCUUGUACACAAAAAGGACUCAAAGAAAGAGGGAAGAGGUACUUGUAAAGAAAAAAAAACUUUUUUAAUAUCUAUAUUGUAACUAAAUAAAGGUUCAACCAAUAUUUUUCCCCUCUCCCAUCCUACCUAAUUUGUGGCUCUGGGCCUUUGCUCACUGACUGGAUCGUGGAAGGCCUCCGUCACUCUGCAGACACUCUGUCAACACUGACCACUACAUUUCAAAGUAGAUUAGCAGGUUUUUGUGUGGAUACAACGUGGGGGCAGAAAGGAAAGAGACUGAUGGUGAUGGUGGUCCCUGGUGGAGCACCCUGCUGCUGCUGCACCUCGCACCAGCCUAUAACCCUCCUUUCUCCACCAACUGUUCAACCUCCCAGACAAAAUGCCAUCAAACAUCUUUUGAAAAUUCGAAACUCAAGGUUUUUUUCAACUCGAUGUUUUCACGAUGCAUUUUUUUGCAGUAUACAGCCGAGUCGUUACACAGGGUGUGUUUGUAAACCUCUAAGAAAUGUUGAAUUUUUAAAACUGACAGAACUGUUAAGAUCACUCCCAUUUGGUGAUGGCACCUCCAAGAAACACUUGCUAACAGAUGGUUAAACAACUCAAUCUGAAGGAAACACUACAUUGAGUUUUACCUAACAAUAUUUCAUGUUGGUCCAAUUACUGUAUGGGUGUCUUCUGGUUAAAAAAUGACAGGUUUACUGAGGUGUGAUCCACUAAGUGUUAUUAGAGUGCACAGCAAACGGCACGGUGUGCACAAGCUGCAGGGCCUUGUUCUUCAUAUCGUCAUUGAGGAGCUUGGAUUGGAACCGGUUGUCAUGGCAACAUGUCCAAAUUGUUGAUCUAAGUCUGACUUUAUGGGUCAACUCCCAGUCUUCAUCACAAACCUUGUAAGAGCCAUGAGUGCUAUACUGUAAUCUGUUAGACAAACCCUGAUACUGUAUUAAUAAAAACACAUUUGGGCAGAAUACUUAAAGUAUAAUUUAGAAUGUUAAAAGUUAGGAUGUUACAGAAUAGGAGCAUGGAAAUUAUGUUUUUUUUUUUUUAUUAUAUAAUUCUGGGGGAAAAGUCAGGCUUUAAUCUCAGAACUCAGAAAAAAAAACGUUUCUUUAGAUCUCAAAUUUGAUUUCACAUGUGGCCCUAAUUGUAUUUCCAAAAAUAUAUGAUCGACAUAAAACAUUUAAAUAAUGUAAACGGUUGUUCUGUCGGAAUAAAAACCUUGAAGUCGUCAGGACACAUAGAUGUCAGUUUACACAUAAGCCUGUUGUCUUUAUGUUGUAGUGUGACCCAAGAUCAACACGAGUUCUUUGUUACUCUUUGGCCAAAUCCAGAUCAUUUUAUCCAGUUAGGAAUUUAAACCGGAAUUAAGAAAAUCUGGAUCGACUCAACGCACAGUGAAGAAACAGACAUGGAAAUAGGAAAAAAGUGACAUAGGAAUUUUGGGGUUUCUAUUAAAACCUUUGAAUGAGUUGAGGUUAUGCUGCUUUAUGAAACCUUCCUCUAUCUAAAUUUGAAGAACAAGGUCCUGCUGAACAGGGAUAACCACUUGUUUUUGUUUUCACUUCAGUCUGCAUCCGAGUACAGAUUUCUACUAAAAUGUAUCACCAUAAUGUGUAUGCAGUGUGGGACCUUCCCUGUGUUUGUGCUUCAAUGUUAGACUCGGCCUGAUGAGGCGGAAAGGGAUCCAUUUCCACAAUAACUGUAAUUCUAAAUAACAUUAACAUGAAAUACGUUGAAUAUUUUAUGACAUCUCUUUUCAAUGGACAUUAAAUCACUGUUACCCUAGCAAUAAGGCAGCUUUAUUUUGAAAUUGAAUGACAGGAUGGGCUUUAAUCGUACAUUUUGGCACUACUAAGAAAGUUAACAAAACACCUUAACAUCAAAUCAUUUGAAUAAUGUAUCUCAGGAAUGGUUGAUUAGUGAAUCAUGCAGGAUUGUGCUUGAAUGGAGAGGAUUGUAGGAAAUGCAUACGUGUGUGUGUGUGUGUAGUUAAAGAAGGUGUUGGUGCUGAAAUGGGAGCAGUAGCCAUAUCGUCUGUUGUAGGCCUGUGUGCAUCCUUCCUUUUCACAUCAACUGUCUGUCCCCUUCAUUUUUAAAUCCAGAUAACUGAAGACAAACCCUCAGUACACCUUUUAAACAUCAGUUUGAUCAAACUAGAGUUGUGUUCAUUUCUCUGUAAAUAAGAUAUUUGACUGUACUUUUCUAUAACACUGGAGAGAAAGAUAUAAAGGGAACAUUUAUAUUUUUUGUUUUGGUUUGUUCUGGUUCAUCCUGCCUCCCCCUGUUCCACACAAUGUUCUCGACUGUGGGACUGAUUUUAAGUGUUUGCAUAGCUAGACAAGUCAUCCUUUGAUUAUUUAAAUGGGUGUGGAGCUUUUUGUGCCCAGAAGCAUUUAACAUGUACAGAUCAGUUUUUGCUCAUCUUAAGUUUGAUUUGUUGAUUGUACAGAUCUAUUAAGGGAAAAAAUAAAAGUUAUUGAAAGUGU